AUGAACCUGUUAUCACACUUUUCGGUUAUCCUUCUCUCCCUCCUUGUUACAAUAACUUCCACCCAAUCCACCAAUCUCACCACCCCUUCAAAUACCGCCAACUUCGAAUGUACUCCUCUGCGCGUCUUCGCCCUUCGCCUCGGUCUUUCUCAAAAUUGCGCCGCAGCCAUCCUCGCUCUCCCCCAAGCCACUCAGCCCGUAUCCUUCUACCACGCUGGCCGCGAUGAUAUAGGUCGUCUCCCCACUACGAGGUCCCAUGGAGACUGCAUGGUGACAGUCGAUCUGAUCGAUUCGAGCGAGCUCAGCACGUGGACUUCCAUCGGCUUGGUCGCGACUCUGCUGAUGAGUGCCUGUGCUGAUAUUUCGUUGAAUAGAGUCUAUACUGGAGGGUUUGCGAAGGCGGGCAACGGAAGGGGGAUUGCGGUCACUUUGCAGAGAUUUGAGGAAGGUCUAGGGGCGGGGAAUGCUAGUGGUUUGCUUACUGAGUAG